GCGGCUACCUUACACAAGUUCAGACAGCAGGCAGGGAGGCGCCGCUGGCUAGCAGUGAGCUAAGCUUGGUGUUCGCUGUAGCUGAAGCCGCCUGAACACCACAAACAAUCUAUAUUCUCUCCGGAUUCAAUACAUAAGACGGCGAUACCUUAUGAUUAAGUUUCUGUUUUCGAAUUAAACAAUAUGUCUACUCCAGCACGACGGCGUUUAAUGAGGGACUUUAAGCGACUGCAGGAGGAUCCUCCAGCCGGAGUCAGCGGAGCUCCAUCAGAAAAUAACAUUAUGGUCUGGAACGCUGUCAUUUUUGGUCCAGAGGGGACACCAUUUGAAGAUGGAACUUUCAAACUCACAAUAGAAUUCACAGAAGAGUAUCCGAACAAACCACCCACAGUCCGAUUUGUAUCCAAAAUGUUUCACCCGAAUGUUUAUGCAGAUGGUAGUAUAUGUUUGGACAUUCUUCAGAACCGCUGGAGUCCAACAUACGAUGUCUCUUCGAUUUUAACGUCUAUACAGUCUCUCUUGGAUGAGCCAAACCCAAACAGUCCUGCAAACAGCCAGGCAGCUCAGCUGUACCAGGAGAAUAAACGAGAGUAUGAGAAGCGUGUGUCUGCCAUUGUAGAACAGAGCUGGCGGGAUUGUUGACCUCGAACAGUACACAGUGUAUGGACAAAACUCUGCCUCGGCUAUUCAGAGGAAAACCAUCAAGUAAAGAAUAAAAUAUACAUGUCAUGUUUUGAAUACUCUUA